AUGUUUCUGUUAGCGAAGCUGAUUUGGAACAACCUGGAAGCCCAGAUUUCAAUCGCUCGCCUCGAAGAUGAGCUUCAGCCAGACAGGUUUCCUAAAGAGAUCAACUCUGCUUUUUUGGUCGAGAAAGAGUACAUAGAUCUUCCCGCUGAGGAGCUAAAGCUCUCCCUCCUUUGUAUUGACUAUCUCAAUCUCCCCAUUUUCACGCAGGAGCCCACAGAGGAGAACAUUUUGCUCGGCGAUUAUUCCUUCAUGGAUUACGCUGUUCUCUUUUGGCUCCCUCAUUUAGAAGCUGGUGCAAUCUCAAGGAGUGUCUCGCAUAACACGCAAAUGAGUGAGCUUCAAGAGUCAUUAGGUGUCUUCAUUGAGCGGCAUUCGAAACUAAACGGGACCCGACUUACCCUAGCCAAGCGCCACAGUGACAAAUUGGACUUCUUUAAGGAUGCUCCUUUCUACGAUCAACUGGAACAGGCAGUAGCCUCAACCAAACAGCAUCUAAAGCAAUACAUACAGCCAGAGAAACUUGUUUUAGAUCUUUACGACAUUGUCAUCAAGGUUCGCCACGUUCUUGAGCAGACUUGUCUUAGCGCAACCGAAGAAAGCAUUUGGCUUGGAAUUGAGGAAAAGUACGGCAACAAGAUCAUCUUUUCAAAUGCGAAAGAUUCAAUUGCCAAUUUUUUACGGUCGGUUUCUCCACAAGCAAUACACAAAAGGAGCAUCUAA